UCUGAACUAUUUUUUUCUAGGUUUAACUACAGAUCAACACAUCAUCUUGCAUCACAUGGAUUUUACGAAUUCUUAAAUUGGUUUGAUGAAAGAGCAUGGUAUCCACUAGGAAGAAUAGUUGGUGGAACUGUAUACCCAGGACUAAUGGUUACAGCUGGCCUUAUACAUUGGAUUUUGAAUAUGCUGAAUAUAACUGUCCAUAUAAGAGAUGUAUGUGUCUUCCUUGCACCAGUUUUUAGCGGCCUUACAUCAAUUUCUACUUUCCUGCUUACCAGAGAACUGUGGAACCAGGGUGCAGGGCUUCUAGCUGCCUGUUUUAUUGCUAUUGUACCAGGUUACAUAUCACGAUCAGUUGCAGGAUCUUUUGACAAUGAAGGGAUAGCUAUAUUUGCACUGCAGUUCACGUAUUACUUGUGGGUGAAGUCAGUGAAAACUGGAUCUGUUUUCUGGACUAUUUGCUGCUGCUUAUCCUACUUCUACAUGGUUUCUGCAUGGGGUGGUUAUGUUUUCAUCAUCAACCUUAUUCCACUGCAUGUAUUUGUGUUAUUGUUAAUGCAAAGAUACAGCAGGAGGGUCUAUAUAGCAUAUAGCACUUUCUACAUUGUUGGGUUAAUAUUAUCCAUGCAGAUACCUUUUGUUGGAUUUCAGCCAAUUAGGACAAGUGAGCACAUGGCAGCUGCAGGUGUAUUUGCUCUUCUGCAAGCCUAUGCUUUCCUGCAGUAUAUGAGAGACAGACUAACAAAGCAAGAAUUUCAGACAUUAUUCUUCUUAGGUAUAUCUUUGGCUGCUGGAAUUGUAUUCCUGAGCGUUAUCUAUUUAACAUAUACAGGUUACAUUGCUCCAUGGAGUGGCAGAUUCUACUCAUUGUGGGAUACUGGGUAUGCAAAAAUUCACAUCCCAAUCAUUGCCUCAGUGUCGGAGCAUCAGCCUACAACUUGGGUUUCCUUCUUUUUUGAUCUACAUAUUCUCGUCUGUACUUUUCCAGCAGGCCUGUGGUUCUGCAUCAAAAAUAUCAAUGAUGAAAGAGUUUUUGUGGCUUUGUAUGCAAUCAGUGCUGUUUAUUUUGCUGGAGUGAUGGUUCGCCUGAUGCUAACUUUGACUCCAGUGGUUUGUAUGUUGUCAGCCAUUGCUUUCUCAAAUGUUUUUGAACAUUAUUUGGGUGAUGAUAUGAAAAGAGAAAAUCCUCCAGUAGAAGAUAGUAGUGAUGAAGAUGAUAAAAGAAAUCCAGGAAACCUUUAUGAUAAGGCAGGUAAAGUGAGGAAACAUAUUUCUGAGCAGGAAAAAACUGAAGAAGGUCUUGGUCCCAAUAUAAAGAGUAUUGUCACAAUGUUAAUGCUAAUGUUAUUGAUGAUGUUCGCUGUUCACUGUACAUGGGUAACCAGCAAUGCCUAUUCCAGUCCAAGUGUUGUCUUAGCCUCUUACAAUCACGAUGGCACAAGGAACAUUUUGGAUGACUUUAGGGAAGCAUAUUAUUGGCUAAGACAAAAUACAGAUGAACAUGCCAGAGUAAUGUCUUGGUGGGAUUAUGGCUAUCAGAUAGCUGGAAUGGCAAAUCGAACUACUCUAGUUGAUAAUAACACUUGGAAUAACAGCCACAUAGCUCUGGUAGGAAAAGCUAUGUCAUCAAAUGAGACAGCAGCCUACGAGAUUAUGAAAAGCCUAGAUGUGGAUUAUGUCUUAAUAAUCUUUGGAGGUGUAAUUGGCUAUUCUGGUGAUGACAUCAACAAAUUUUUGUGGAUGGUAAGAAUAGCAGAAGGAGAACAUCCUAAAGAUAUUAGGGAAAGUGACUAUUUCACUCCACAAGGAGAGUUUAGAGUUGAUAAAGCAGGAUCUCCAACUUUGCUGAACUGUCUUAUGUAUAAAAUGUCAUAUUACAGAUUUGGAGAAAUGCAGCUGGAUUUUCGGACUCCCCCAGGAUUUGAUCGAACCCGCAAUGCUGAAAUUGGCAACAAGGACAUUAAGUUUAAACAUUUGGAAGAAGCCUUUACUUCAGAGCACUGGCUUGUUAGAAUAUAUAAAGUAAAAAAGUUAGAUAACAGAGAAACGUUGGACCAUAAGCCUAGACUAACCAACAUUUUACCAAAACAGAAGUAUUUGUCAAAAAAGACUGCCAAAAGGAAGCGUGGCUACAUUAAGAAUAAACUAAUUUUAAAGAAAGGCAAGAGACCCAACAGGAAGACAGUUUAAAAACACUGUACUGAUUGCUAAUAUUGAAGCAGUUGUCCUUGAGAUAACCAGUCUUUGCCUUUAGCUCAAGUCAUGUUUCACAGCAACAUGAGGGUACAGAACCAUCUUUGGUCCAGAUUAUUGUACAAAACUUUCAGGCAAUGUCUGACUUAAAUUUUAGCUUAUUAAGAACAGCUGUUUUAGAUUUGUAUUGUGGAGCAAGACAGGGCUGUUGUCUUAGCAGCAGAUUUUUAAAAAUGGGUACAUAUUAUCCUUCAUAUUAAUUGAAUUUGAACCGAUUGCACCAAAGAGCCCUUUAAUUCGGUCCUUGGCACAUGCAUACUUGUCAGUUUUUUAAUCUUCUGUUGAACAGCAAUAUCUCAUCUGGGAUUUGGCUAUCCUAAUUGUGAUGCUUGCAAUAAUGUGGGUAUUUUGACAUUUCAGAUAGUAGAACAGCUUUGAUAUAUUUAUUUUAUGAAACAACACUCAUUGUUGCUGUAUGUUGUGUUCAGGACUAUAUAUCUAGCUGCAAUUUCACUAAUCAUGGCACAGAUUAGGUGCUUACAUGAGGCCAUUUAUUUUGAGAAGAAGUGAUCUUGCUGCCCUUCAAGAUGAUAGAUUUUUCAUAGAAGAGAUAAAUACAAGGGCUACAUUUGAACCUUAUAUCUGAUACGACAGUAAUGAAUGCUAUUGAGCACCAUAGCACUUGGUGUUCUCAAAACCUUGUUUAAUCAGAAGUUUAUAUUAUACAAUAUUUUGGCCUGUUGGGGGAAAAAUUGACAAGUAUCCAAACUUGUUUCCUACAUUUAUUUACAGGCAGAAGGUUUAUAAGUCUGCCUGCUUACCUGUCUUUCAUGGGGUUGAGUUUCUCCAUAUUUUUAUUUAGUGCUUCAGUUCAUGGAACUUCUGCUUUGCAUAUGCGCUAUCUUUUAUAGUUUCUGAAAAAGAUUUUAUCAAGUGCACUAAAUCAUAAAUGGAGACUGAACAUGUUCAAUUUCCAACUAUACAAACUUGAACAUUAUUUGUUAUUUUAUUAAACAUGUACAUGGGAUAGGAUUCAUUGACGGCCACAGGAUAUAAUUUUGAUUUUAAAAAACAGCUUAUGCCAUCUUUGUUGGUGUAAAGCAGAAUAGUAUGUACCUCCC